AUGCUGAACAGUUUCGUUCGGUUAGUGUAGCAGUUAAGUUCGUAUAAGCGGCUAAAAACGGCACUACACACUUUACCGUCUUGUGAAUUGAGUAGAACACAGUGUGAGCACAAAUUAACUGCCAAAAUAUUGUGCAAAUUGUAGUGAAUUACCAGCCGUGUAACAAUAAUUCGGUGUAAACUUAAACACGAAAAGUGAUUGAGGAGAAUAGCAAACAUUUGUAGCAUACUUUUUGGCGUGGAAGCAUAUUGUGCAUUAGCGAACAUCAGCUGUGUUUGCGCAGAGUGGUUGAAAGAGUUUGGCCGCAGUGUACAUAUGGGCCACAGCUAAAUUUGGCAAGUGUCAAAAUAACGUUUGGCGUAAAUUCGGGCGCAGUGUUGCCUACUCGCGAGUGUGAAGUGUGAAUUUGCCCGUGGUGAAAAAAAAUCAGUCUGAGCGCACAAUUUACGAGCAGCGGACGCAAGGCAUUCAGCAAGAAAGUUAAUAAAAACAAAAUAGUAAUUAAAUUCAGUGAUUAUAACGACGUCACCACAGACGAUAACGGUAAAACGGGUAAAGAGCAAGGGAAACUGGGCAAUAAUAAGUGAAAUAGUGAGUUUUUCUACGCACCCAGCAGCAGCAGCAGCAGCGGUGACAAGCGCCGCAAGCGUAUAAAUCGCGGUUUCGAUAAGUGUGCAAUGGUCUUUGCUGCAUGGGGCAAUCCUUCGGGCCUGCUCAUGUUCCUGGUAUGCGCGCUGGUCGUGAUCUUCGUCACUAAUGUGCCCAGCGCUGUGGCCAAAGGCGGAAACGCUGCUCCGGCCGCGCUCAACGGCAGGAAUGACGUAUUCACCAGCUCGUUUCUGGUGCGCUUUAGGCGCAGCGUCGACAAUGACCUAGCAGGCGAAGUGGCAGCGCGUUACGGAUUCGAUAACAUUGGACCAUUAGUUGGAGGAAACGGAAACGAGUACCACUUCAAGCACAGGACAUUGCCACACGCUCGCACAAGGCGAAGCAUCACACACACGCGACUCUUGAAAAGCCAUCCAUUGGUUCACACGGCAGUUCAACAGCCGGGAUUCAAGCGCGUCAAACGUGGUCUGCGGCCGGCGAUUCCCGCUAUUCAUGGUCUCCCAUUUGAGUCCACUUUUGGCGCAAAACCGAUUGGACUUGAACCAAGUGAUCCGUAUUUCCCCUUACAAUGGUAUCUGAAGAACACGGGUCAAAAUGGUGGCAAAAUGCGUUUGGAUCUCAAUGUGCAGGCCGCUUGGGAUCAAGGUAUAACUGGCAAAAAUGUUACGACCGCAAUAAUGGACGACGGUGUGGACUACAUGCAUCCUGACUUGAAGUUCAACUAUAAUGCCGAGGCUAGCUACGACUUCAGCAGCAAUGAUCCCUUCCCUUAUCCGCGUUACACCGAUGACUGGUUCAAUAGUCAUGGCACUCGUUGCGCUGGCGAAGUGGCUGCUGCCAGAGAUAACGGUAUAUGCGGCGUUGGCGUGGCUUAUGACAGUAAAAUUGCAGGCAUACGCAUGCUGGAUCAGCCGUACAUGACCGACUUAAUCGAGGCCAAUUCGAUGGGUCAUGAACCGCAUAAAAUACAUAUUUACAGCGCAUCCUGGGGACCCACCGACGAUGGCAAAACCGUGGACGGACCGCGCAACGCCACCAUGCGUGCUAUAGUACAAGGCGUGAACGAGGGUCGCAAUGGUUUGGGCAACAUUUACGUGUGGGCAUCGGGCGACGGCGGCGAGGAGGACGACUGCAAUUGCGAUGGCUAUGCGGCGUCUAUGUGGACAAUUUCCAUUAACAGCGCCAUUAACGAUGGACAGAAUGCACAUUACGAUGAGAGUUGUAGUUCAACGUUGGCCAGCACAUUUAGUAACGGUGCCAAGGAUCCCAACACUGGCGUGGCCACCACGGAUUUGUACGGCAAAUGCACAACCACACAUUCCGGCACGAGUGCGGCGGCACCGGAGGCAGCCGGCGUGUUUGCGCUGGCACUCGAGGCAAAUCCAUCGCUCACAUGGCGCGACAUACAGCAUUUGACUGUGCUGACUUCCAAGCGUAAUUCACUAUUCGACGCUAAGAAUCGCUUCCACUGGACAAUGAAUGGAGUGGGUCUGGAGUUCAAUCACCUUUUCGGCUUUGGAGUUUUGGACGCUGGCGCUAUGGUGACCUUGUCCAAGCAAUGGCGGUCAGUGCCGGCGCGGUAUCACUGUGAAGCUGGGGAAAUUGUGGAACCAAAUCCAAUUUAUACCGGACGCUCAAUGUUUCUGGAAAUAAAAACGGAUUCUUGCAAAGGCACUGACACCGAAGUGAAUUAUCUGGAGCAUGUGCAGGCGGUUAUCUCCGCCAAUGCCACGAGACGAGGAGACUUGGAGCUAUUCCUUACUUCGCCGAUGGGUACUAGAUCAAUGAUAUUGUCGCGUCGCGCCAAUGACGAUGAUCAUCGUGAUGGCUUCACAAAAUGGCCGUUCAUGACCACACAUUCAUGGGGCGAGUACCCACACGGCACGUGGAAAUUGGAGGCACGUUUCAAUUCACCGCAACCACGCUCCGGCUGGCUCAUCGAAUGGUCGCUUGUGCUGCACGGCACCAAGGAGGCGCCCUAUCGCACACUCUCACCCGCUUCGCCGCACUCCAAGCUGGCCAUCGUGAAAAAAGCGCACGAGGACCGCAAGAUGAAGUAGACAGAUCAACCACCGAAAAGCGAAAAAUUCACCAGAAUUUACUAAAGCAAAAUUCCAUAUGCGAGAGGAGGAGGAUCAGGGCCGAAAUACAGCAGAAUAAACAAAAUGAGAAAUGUGUGGUUACAAGAAGAACCCAAAGUUAAUGCAGGUGGCAAGGCCGCAAACCAGAGUUUCAAUAGAAAAGCAAAUACAAUUUUUCAGUUGUCAAACACUUAAAGAAACAAAAACAACAUACAAUGCUUUAACAAAGCAUUGCAAACAACAAAUCUGAGCAACAACAACUGGCGUGAAGAAUUCGAGUAUGCAACAUGCUGCAGGAAAACUGAGCGCGAGCAAUCUGUUUGGGAAAUUUCUCACUUCAAAUUUUUUUUUUACAUUUUCGGUAUUUUUUUAAAUUUGUACUAAAAAGUUCAAACCAUUUUUUAUUUCUUGCUAAAUUAAAAAAAAAUGUAUAAAUAUAUAUAGACAAUUUCUCCGUUUCAUAGUAAA